AUGGCGUCCGAAGAUGCCACCGGAAAGACCGGUGUGCCGGCAACCCCUCCGAUCGCCAAUGUCGCCGCCGAAGCCAAGCUUCCAGGUGAAGGGGUAAAAUCUCCAUCUCGUACGCUUCUCAGCAUAUGCAAGUCUCUCGUUGCCGGCGGAGUUGCCGGUGGACUGUCACGAACAGCUGUGGCUCCUCUGGAGAGAUUGAAGAUUCUGCUGCAGGUACAAAACAGUCAGAAUAUAAAAUACACUGGAUCAAUUCAAGGCUUAAAAUAUAUAUGGAAAACUGAAGGUUUUAGAGGAAUGUUCAAAGGAAACGGAACUAAUUGUGCUCGUAUUAUCCCAAAUUCAGCAGUAAAAUUCUUUACCUAUGAACAAGCAUCUAAGGGUGUUUUAUGGCUCUACCAGCGGCAAUCUGGAAAUGAAGAAGCUCAGCUCACUCCUGUUCUGCGUCUUGGAGCUGGCGCAUGUGCGGGAAUCAUUGCCAUGUCUGCUACUUACCCAAUGGACCUGGUGCGAGGAAGGCUAACUGUCCAGACAGAAGCGUCUCCUCGCCAAUACAGAGGAAUUUUUCAUGCUCUUUCAACAGUCUUUCGGGAAGAAGGCCCUCGAGCUUUAUAUAAAGGCUGGCUACCUUCAGUCAUAGGAGUAAUACCGUAUGUGGGUCUUAAUUUUUCUGUAUAUGAAUCUCUCAAAGACUGGUUCAUUCGAUCCAAACCAUUUGGAAUAGCUCAAGACUCCGAGCUAAAUGUGACCACAAGGCUUGCUUGUGGAGCUGUUGCUGGAACUGUUGGCCAGACAGUAGCUUACCCUCUUGAUGUCAUUCGCCGAAGAAUGCAAAUGGGGGGCUGGAAAGAUGCUGCUUCGGUGGUAGCUGGUGAGGUGAAUAGCAAAGUUGAGUAUACUGGCAUGGUUGAUGCAUUCAGGAAAACUGUGCAGCGUGAGGGAUUUGGAGCAUUAUACAAGGGCUUAGUUCCCAAUUCAGUGAAGGUGGUCCCUUCUAUAGCUAUUGCUUUCGUGACAUACGAGAAGGUCAAGGAUAUGCUUGGAGCAGAACUGAGAAUAACUGAUUGAAGAAUUAGCAAUUCGUUGGGUUUCUAUUGGCAUUUGCCAGAAAUGAUAGUAUCACAAGGUAAUUUAUAUUUCAUUUUCUGUAAAUGAAAUUUGAAGAUUCAAUUGUAGAAAACCAUCUCUAUGUCCACUUCAUAUCCAUAUUUCAUCUAGUCUCUACAUAUUAUUUUCAUUCAGUGGCCAC